GCAAAAUAGAUGCCACCAACAGAUUUGCUGCACAGUUCGCACUAGGACGUCAAGCACGCUAACGGGGUUGGAGUACAGACAGUCUUGGGUCAGACGACUUUAAGAGAAAACCGCUACAUAGACGGCCCUAGUUGUUAACUAACAUCCAAUUCGUUAUUUAUACCGUUUAUUUUAAGGAAACCAACGGUCGUCUGACAUAGGCGGUCAGUUCACCAGACAUUGCUAUGGCCCAGGAGACCAAUCAGAGCCCAGCUCCUAUGCUCUGUGCUACCGGCUGUGGUUUCUAUGGCAACCCCAGGACUAAUGGCAUGUGCUCCGUUUGCCACAAGGAGCACCUCUCAAGACAGAACAAUGGAGGAAUCAGUUCCCUGAGUGCUGUGGGCAGCAGCAGUGGCUCCACAGUCGAGGCUUCAGCAAUCCAAAGGUUAGAGGCCACCUUGAAUAAUGCUGCAGCAGCUGCCGUGGCUGCAGCAGAGGUUGCAGCUGAGGCGGCAGCUUCAGCCGAGGCUGCUGCAACUGAAACUUUCAGUGGGAUGUCAACAACUAUUUCUGUAACACAAAAGAUGGCUGAGAUAAGUCUGUCGUCAGAGGACAAAGGAGCAUCGGGGAGCAAAGCAGAACUCACGGAUCCUGUGACGAGUCAGACCACAGUCACAGCCAUUCAUCCCUCCACUGCUGGCAGUGAAGAAUCCCGAGCCCCGGAGGCUCCCAAACCCAAAAAGAACCGUUGUUAUAUGUGCCGCAAAAAGGUUGGCCUGACAGGGGAAAGGCAUGGCUGGCGAGAGAACAGGCCGGAGUGUCGGAACACCUAGCCCGACCCUACCCUCCGCCGACUGACGUGUGUAUGAUGCAUUAAAACUGGAGGACGGGGAGGUCAGAGAAGGGCGGUGACCAGAUGGGAGACCAGCACAGAUGUGCCAUGACUUCGCCCAGCAUCUGCCCCAUCAUGCCUCGUGUCUGCCAGUCACAUUUGACAACUCUUGCGUUUUCCCCUCCCAUCAAGAGUGGCUGUCAUCCUCGCCCACGUUAGAGCUUGAACCUCUUCUCUUCACCAUAUUAACUCUGGUCCUGCAGCACCUCCACUGAUUUCUUUUCCAGUACUGCAUCUUAAAAUACUCAUGCCGACUUUAAGGUCAUCCAUAAAUCUAUAUGUUUGUCUGACCGGCUCCAUAUCGCCACAGCCUACCGGACUAUAAAGAUCAUUUUCCUUAAUCUAUGUCAGUUUUCCCUCUGCCCAGAGAACUUCAGCUCUGCUGGUGCUCGUUGUUGGAAGUUAUUGCUAGGGACAGAGCGAUUGUCAGCCGGGCCGAUUAUCUGCAUUUUGACACAUAUCACGAUGCAUACCAUACUCUCCAGUCCAGCAGUUUUAUUAAUCUCUUUGUUCCCAAAUAUUCCCAACGAUCUUCUUGUCAAUUUUCUGCCCCAAAUUACUGGAACACUACAAUAAAUAAUAAAACUCACCUCAUUCAUCCCAGGAUCAUUGUUUAAAAAGUUAGUGCGGGAUUCUAUACAGGAUUGCUGCACCUGUUUUUAGCCUGUUAUAAACCUUUUAUUGAUAUGCUGUGAUGUAAUGGAAUAUUCAGUGGGAACGGAAAGUAUUCAGACUGCCUUAAAUCUGGACUCUUUGUUAUAUAGCAACCAUUUGCUAAAAGCAUUUGUUAAUUUUUUCCUCAUUAAUGUACACACAGCACCCCACAUUGACAGAAAAAAACAAUUGUUGAAAGUUUUGCAAUUUAUUACAAAAGAAAAACUGAAAUAUCACACGGCCAUAAGUAUUCAGACCAUUAGCUGUGACACUCAUAUUUAACUCUGGUGCUGUCCAUUUCUUCUGAUCAUCCUUGAGAUGGUUCUACACCUUCUUUGGAGUCCAGCUGUGCUUGAUUAUACUGAUUGGACUUGAUUAGGAAAGCCACACACGUGUCUAUAUAAGACCUUAUAGCUAACAGUGCAUGUCAGAGCCAAUGAGAAUCACGAGGUCAAAGGAACUGCCUCAAGAGCGCAAAGACAGAAUUGUGGCAAGGCACAAAGCUGCUCAAGGUUACAAAAAUAAUUCUGCUGCACUUAAGGGUCCAUAGAGCGCACUGGCCUCCAUAUUCCUUAAAUGGAAGACAUUUGGGACAACCAGAACCCUUCCGAGAGCUGGCAGUCUGGCCAAACUGAGCAAUCGGAGGAGAAGAGUCUUGGUGAGAGGUAAAGAAGAACCCAAAGAUCACUGUGGCUGAGCUCCAGCGAUGCAGUUGGAAGAUGAGAGAAAGUUCUAGAAAGUCAACCAUCACUGUAGCCCUCCACCAGUCAGGGUUUAUGGCAGAGUGGCCCGACGGAAGCCUCUCCUCAGUGCAAAACACAUGAAAGUCCGCAUGGAGUCUGCUAAAAAACAAAAAAACACCUGAAGGACUCAAAGAUGGUGAGAAAAAAGAUUCUCUGGUCUGAUGAGACCAAGAUAGAACUUUUUGGCCUCCAUUCUAAGGGGCAUGUGUGGAGAAAACCAGGCACUGCUCAUCACCUGUCCAAUACAGUCCCAACAGUAAAGCAUGGUGGUGGCAGCAUCAUGCUGUGGAGGUUUUUUCAGCUGCAGGGACAGGACGACCGAGAGAGGAAAGCCCAGAGAAGAAAGGAUGUCAAGGCUUUUUGUGCCAUCUGAGGCGGGUGAAAAAGACUAUACCCAUCGACUCGGUUUUCCAUGUUGAAGUGCUAUCUGGGCCCCAAGUCCAGGUUGAGACUCAGCAUGUUUUGAAAUAAACAAUUCCCAACUUUGAAACUGCCUCACGCAUAGAUCAAGCAUAUAAAAUUGUUUAAACUUUAGUCUGGGCAAAUUAACUACAUAUUGUUCAAUGCAACAUCAUUUCAUACUGUUUUGCUUCAAAUCAAGAGGAACCGUUCAUAAAGUUUAGAAUAUUUAUGGUUUGUUUUGUUUCAUACAGAUGUGGGAUUUCUUUAAUGCCAUUUUUAUUGUCCAAAGGCAGUGUCUCUAAUCUACUAGAGAGUGAUCUUGUUCCAUUGUUCAACAGGGAUCAAUCACUUCCGUCCCCCAGUCAUGCUGGGCAAGACAUGAGACCCGCAACCAGUUUAUAGCUCAGAUGAUAUAAACCAGGUUUCCUGUGUCUUGUGAUUACAAACCGACUGGUUGAGGUUCAGGAAGCAGGAAUGCAAAGGUUGUCAACUCUAGAGUUACCGUUGACAACUGUUCCAUAGGGCGUAUUCGCUACAGUUGUGUCCUGAAGAUAUUUGUGUUUCAGAUCAAAAGAUGAAUGAGACAAAAGUUCAGAAUUCCAGCUUUUAUUUCAUGGUAUUUACGUCUAGAUGUGUUAAACAACUCAGGACAGAGCACCUUUUGUUUGAUGCCACCAUUUUUUUCAAGUGAGCAAAGGUUUUGGAACAUGACUGAUGGGUGUUUUUAGUUGCUCAGGUGUUGCCUUUUAUAUUGCUUAAACAUUUGAUAGUGGUUGUUUUUGUCUUUGAGUUUCACCUGUGAAAACUGCAUUUGCUGUUAAGCAAACAUGAAGACCAUAGAGCUGUCUAUGGGAGAAAAGCAAACCAUUUUGAAGCUGAGAGAAGAGGGAUAAUCGAUCAUAGCUAUUGCACAAACAUUGGGCAAAGCCAAUACAACAAUUUGGAAUCUCCUGAAAAAGAGAAACUACUAGUGUACUGAGCAACAGACAUCGAACUGGUCGGCCAAAGGUAUCAAUAGCAGUUGAUGACAGAAACAUUAUGAGAACUGUGAAGAAACACCCAGAGACAACAGUCAGUGACACCACUGCCAACCUCCACAGGGCAGGGGUGAAGGUAUCACAAUCCACUGUUCGAAGAAGACUUCAUGAGAAGAAAUAUACUGUUCAGGCCAUACCCCGAGAUGCAAACCACUCAUAAGAAAAAAUAAUCUGAACGCCAGAUUGGAUUUUGCAAAGUACAGAGAUGAACCACAACAAUUGUGGAACAAAGUUUUAUGGACUGGUGAGACCAAGAUUAACCUCUACCAAAGCGAUGAAAAGGCCAAAGUAUGGAGAAAGAAAUAAUCUGUUUAUGAUCCAAAACACACAAGCUCAUCUGUGAAGCAUCGUGGAGGUAAUAUCAUGGCUUGGGCUUGCAUGGCUGCUUCUGGAACGGGCUCACUAGUCUUUAGUGAUGAUGAAACUCAUCAUGGUAGCAGCAGAAUGAAUUCUGAAAUCUACAAAACCUAUUUUGUCCGGGAAUUUACAGAAAAGUGCAUCCAAACUAAUCGGGAAAAGCUUCAUGAUACAACAAGACAAUGACCCAAAACACACUGCCAACACAACAAAGGACUUCAACAGUGGGGGGAAAGUGGAAGGUCUUAGACUGGCUAAGUCAAUUACCGGACCUUAACCAAAGAGAGCAUGCAUUUUACCUCCUGAAGAGGCGACUGAAGGGCGAAACCCCCAGAAACAAACAAGAACUGAAAGAGGCUGCCCUAAAGGCCUGAAAUAUAGCAUUUCAAAUGAAGACUACAACAGUCUGGUGAAGUCAAUGGGUCACCGGCUUGAUGCUGUUAUUGCAAGUAAGGGUUAUGCCACUAAAUAGUAAAUGCUAUUCACUUUAAGUUAAUUUAAUAAUGUCUGUUCCAGUACUUUUACUCACUUGAAAUGUGGGUGCCUUCAAACAAAAGGUGCUCUCUCCUGAGUUAAGACAUCUAGAUGUAAAUACUAUGAAAUAAAAGCUGGAAUUCUAAACUUUUGUCUCAUAUUCAUCUUUUGAUCUGAAACCCAAAUGUCUUCAGUAUACAAUAAAAACAAAGGAAUUCACCUGUGUAUUUCUUCUUUCAAAGUCUUUUUCAAACAGUGGAUUGUGAUACCUUCACUGCUGCCCUGUGGCGGUUGGCUGUGAUGUCACUGACUGUUGUCUUUGGGUGUGUCUUCAAAAACACAGGCACUAUCUAAUGUUUAAGCAAUCAGUCUAAAAGGCAACACCUGAGCAACUAGAAUCACCAUCAGUCACAUGUUGGAAUACUUUUGCUCACUUGAAAAGUUGGAUGCUUCAAACAAAAGGUGCUCUGUCCUGAGUUGUUUAACACAUCUAGAUGUAAAUACCGUGACAUAAAAGCUGGAAUUCUGAACCUUUGUCUCAUAUUCAUCUUUUGAUUGGAAACCCAUAUGUCUUCAGUAUACAACAAAAACAAAGGAAUUUACCUUGCCAUUCCAAUACCUUUGGAGGAGACUGUAUUAUGUUUUAUAUGUAUUCUACAGUGAACCUUAUUUAUCGGGAAAUGCGUUCUUGACCCAUCCGUGAUAGUUAAAUAUCUGCGAGAUAGAGAGAGGAUCUAAAUAAAAUUUUAUAAAACAGUUUUACCCCUCCCACGAGCUUAAGACACAUUUAAACUUAAAACACUUUUUAUAGUAUUCCUUAGCGUCUGUUCUUGGUGUCAAGACAUGGGGGCGUAUCAUAUUACAGUGGACACUCUCAUACCUGUGGUUCGGCACCCUCGACGGAUUCACCUAUUUGUAGAUUUAUUUUUGUAAAUUUUUUUCCCCAUCUUUAUUUUCGAUUUUUUUUUCUUUUUUUUGGGUGUAUCAACCCCGUAAACCUUUACUGGUGGGUUUAUCCCCUGUGUAUUAUCACUCCCAGUUGAUGUUUACUGUAAACCUGCCCCCAUAACCAAAAUACAACUGAACCUUGUAUUUACGCACUAAAAUUUUCAGCAAAACCAUAUACAUUUAUCAAAAUGUUUAACGAACUAAUUUUUUCUCACGAAGGCAAUGCGAAUGCAAUGCAAACAUGUUAGACGCCAGAGGUACUAAUGGAAAUUUAGCAUAGAUGUCAAUUGCAAACCUUCAAACAACUGCUACAGACAGACUGACUCUUCUUCUUGCUAUCAAUUACCUUAAUUUCCCAUGUAUAAUGCGCAUUCCCCCCAAAAAUUCAUCAAAAGUCAAGAGUGCGGAUUAUACAUCGGAAUUUUUCAACUUUACUUACACCUACAGUCUUUAACACGAUAUAAGUGUAUUAGUGAUUUGAGAAGGGUCAUCGUUCGUUUCAUUGUGAAACAUACUAACUACAGUUACACUUUUAGGUCUAAUUCUGUUGUUUUACAGCCAUCAGAAAAAUCCAAUGAUUUUCCAGACUUUACUCCUGAAUUUAAUUAAGAAGUACUGUAGGCAUUCUUAAAGAAAAAAUGCAUUUCAGAUAGUCAUAGACCACAGAAAGUACCUGCUAAUGUCAGUGACAACGAGGCAGGUUAUCGGUCACAAUGCAAAACUCUCUUGUGGUACAAAAAUAAUAAAAUAGUUGACACAGCAACAAGAGGAAGAAGGGGAUAAACACACAAGGUCUAUUACCACUAUUUCGGGGAUAAUUAACACUAACUGACAUACCACAGCAUUCUUAAGUAUUUUCAAGGACGCUGAGCAUGCUGGGGAUUUCUCCGACGCUGCUCGGUUACGUUAUCGUUUACGCACUUGAAAACGUGGCGGCUUGCUAUCAGAGCUGCUCUGCAGCGGUGAUGUUUUUAACGACUUGUAACUUCUUUUUAUCGAUGUAAACGUUGCAUAAUAUAUCAAGAUGGAGGUCAGUGGUCUAUUUAGCACAGUAGUGAUUAUUUUUAAAUGUUUAUUAAAGCAACAACUGGAUGAAGAAAAAAAAAAAAAGUAAACCGCAAUUAGUAUUGACUGAAGGUUGAUUCUAGAUUCAGUGUCAAGAAAAAUUUACCUACAUGACUUGCACACUAUAUUUGGAAAAGAGAACCUGUUAUACUGAGUUUGUCUUCUUGGGCCUCAUCUGAUCAAUGGUAGCCGAGUAUGCGUUUCCAUAGCCAGCUGUAUUCCUUUAAAAAAAAAAAAUGUAAAAAAAAAUCAAACUGUCCUGUUGUGG